AUGUCUUUCCGCAGUCCUUUCGCAAUCCCCCGACAGCUGAUCAAUGGCACCUCUCUUGGAGCGCGAUCAAUCACCAGCGCUCGAAUGAGUUGCAUGAGCCGAAGGGGUCUCGCUACAGCGGUGCCGCCAGUGACCCAGAACUCAGUUGGUUCCAAAGGCCCGACGGCAAUGGUUUUUAUGAAUAUGGGUGGACCGUCAACCACCGAUGAGGUUCAGGACUUCUUGAGCAGAUUAUUUGCGGACGGUGAUCUCAUCCCUCUAGGACGCCUACAAUCAUACAUUGGACCCCUCAUCGCCAAACGAAGAACCCCCAAGAUCCAGAAGCAAUACGCAGAAAUCGGUGGAGGAUCUCCAAUCCGGAAAUGGUCCGAGUACCAGUGCGAAGAGAUGUGCAAGAUUUUGGAUCAAAUUUCUCCAGAGACUGCGCCGCAUAAGCCAUACGUUGCCUUCCGUUACGCUGCACCGUUGACCGAGACUAUGUACCAACAAUUGUUCGAUGAUGGCUUUGGACAAGGGAAAGGAGGACGCGCUGUAGCGUUCACACAAUAUCCUCAAUACUCCUGCUCAACGACCGGAAGCUCCUUGAAUGAGCUCUGGAAGUGGCGCAAUCGCCUGGAGGGAAAGCGCGCGAGUGGAGAGGCCGAGCCAGCUGGUGCAAUUGAGUGGAGUGUCAUUGACAGAUGGCCCACACACUCUGGCAUUGUUGAGGCUUUUGCACAGAACAUUGAGGCCCAGCUCAAGACGUACCCGGAAGAGAAGCGAGACAAGGUGGUAUUGCUAUUCUCGGCUCACAGCUUGCCUAUGAGCGUCGUCAACCGAGGUGACCCUUACCCUGCUGAAGUGGCCGCCACCGUCCACGCUGUGAUGCAAAGGCUCGGGUUCAGCAACCCUUACCGCCUGUGCUGGCAAUCGCAGGUGGGGCCUAAGGCAUGGCUUGGAGCUCAGACUAGCGAUACCGUACAGGAGUACGUGAAGCGAGGCCAGACUGAUCUGAUUCUAGUUCCGAUUGCGUUCACAAGCGAUCACAUCGAGACACUGUAUGAACUGGAUUUGGAGGUCAUGGAAGAAGCCAACAGCCCCGGUGUCAAGCGCGCAGAGAGCUUGAACGGCAACCCAGUCUUCAUUCAGGGACUUGCUGAAAUUGCCCGCGACCAUUUGCAAAAGGGUGAGCCCUGCUCCCGCCAGAUGACCCUGCGUUGCCAGGGCUGCACUAGUGAGCGCUGCCUAGGACAGAAGAAGUUCUUUGCAGGCCAGGAGUACUCUUCCUUGGUGGUGUAA